AUGGUCUUGCUGUGGGAUGUCAUUGCACUGCCUGUGGUGGCGGCAGUCGCACUAGUAACAUUCAUUGGUCCCUGCACACCAUGGUUCCAGAAGCUGGCAAGUGCGCGUCUUCGGCGAGAGUUUAACUCUCAGCGCAAUGCCUACUAUGCGGCUGCGACAUGCGGCAACGUACUGUUUCUCCUCCUAGUGCUCCACACAACGCACGGCUACGAUCUCGACCUUUUGGUCCUCACGCUGUUCAAGUCUGCGGCACUUGUCCUCCACCGCGUCGAUGACGUACUGCAGAGCAUGCUCAAAGUGCUCACGAUCGUUCUACUGUGGAAGUUUAAAGACCGCCUCCUGAUGGCACUCGGAGUCGACCGGCCGGGCCAGUUAUUCGGCGACCUAAGAGACUGGCUGACGUGCUGGGGGAUGCAACGCUUUGAGCCAGUUGAACUCCACUUCUGGAAAAUCGACCAGAUAUCCACCGAAAAGAACGUUUUUCUCAAUGUAAAAAAAGUCAACUUGAAUGUGCCGAUUAUGUUCAUGCUUAAAGAUGACCUCUUUAACCUGUUGAAAAAAACUAACAGGUGACAAUGGGCUACAAUCUGGAUCACAAAACGCGAGUACGGACGCAUCACGCACAAUCUAGGACCGGUAGCGGCUUUGUACUCGACUUGAAGGAAACUGUACAGAUAAACUACGACCCAAUGGAGUCACUCGAGGUCCUCACGAUUGAGGUGCGACAGCAGACAAUCUAUCGCAGCGAGCUCGUGUCGAGGUAAUCAUAAAAUGUUUUUCUUAGUUUCACAGGAAGGCGACGUAACUCAACAAAGUAACAACAGAAGCUUGAAUUAAGGGCUUGGACCGUAAAUCCAAAUCCAAUGGAUGCCACCACAGAAUGCGUGAGGAGGCGGACAGAAAAAUUCACCUGCCAGAGAGGAGUCAUCAUCGAAAGAUGACAGAUAUUACAAUAUACCAUGACAACCCUUUUUCUUGUUUACUACGAGAAAUAGAUUCCUAAGAAUGAACAUAAAGACAUGUUGUAGUUUUCAACAUCAUUCAUGUUUUACGACCAGGGUUCAAGUAGGGGGGCACCAGCUGCAAAAGAUGAUAGAGCGGGAGCGAGCACACGCGGACAAUAACCCGAUUUUGAAUCCGUACUACCAGACAUCUCGAACAGGGCAGGUUUCGCAUAAUACAACCCGUCUGCUCUACGAUCAAGGCGACGACGGAAACCAGCUGUGGGAGAAGAUAAGUCUGGUUCCAAGUGGCAUUCUGUACAUGAGGAUAAUACCUGUUCGCGAGUCGGUGUUGGAAAUGGACGAUCCUGUAUGACAGAACAAACAAGAAUCCACUGCUGCGCCACUAUGUCCGAUUUGAUGAACAAAAUGCGACUGAGGGGACCGAUGGAAGCUUUAGGAAUGCGGACACCCCCUGGUGGGGUGUCGCAUUCUCCCUCGUCGUGAAUGACGUCUUAGAGGAUUUCCAUAGUCUAAGAGAACCCUGUGGAUCCCACAGGUACGCAUACCAUCGGACGCAUGACAUCUGUGCAUGGGAAGAUGCGAUCGUGAUAGACAAGAUACAGGAAUGGCUAUUAGUUUGAGCACAGUAGAUUCUCAUAGAUAUUGACUGAUUCUGAGGAUGAGGGUGGGGUAUCCCCAUUGCGUUGUUGUUGAAAUCAUCAUGACCACGCUUUAUACGCGCACCAAUGAUUCCAUCUUGUCCGUUGAUGAAUUGAUUCCUUAUUCGUGUAUGGAUGGUUGCGCUGAUAUCUCCAAAUCCAAAUCCAAAAUGUGUGUCUCUGUAUUCCUUCGCGCCAGGAAAGACAGCUCACUACUAACUGAAACGCCCAAGAAAUAACAAGCGUGAUGUGGUGAAAUACCAC